AUGGCGGAGCAGGAUCAGGAGGAGGCUAUGACGUCGGUAGCGAAGGCGGCGCCGGUGACGGCCCAGCGGCCGGUCCGGGCUGACCUGGAGAAGUACAUUCCAAAGCCCUACUUGGCUCGAGCUCUGGUGGCGCCAGACGUGAACCAUCCUGAAGGGACCAAGGACGGGCACGAGCACAGGCAGAGGAGCGUGCUGCAGCAGCAUGUGGCAUUCUUCGACGAGAAUGGCGACGGUGUCAUCUAUCCAUGGGAAACAUACCGAGGACUUCGGAGACUGGGGUUCAACGUUAUCGUGUCUUUCAUUGUAGCAAUCGGCAUAACUCUUGGUCUGAGCUACCCAACUAUGCAUUCUUGGAUACCAUCUCCCCUGUUUCCGAUCUACAUCGACAGGAUCCACAGGGCCAAGCACGGCAGCGACAGCGCAACCAUUGACACCGAGGGAAGGUUCAUGCCGGUGAAUUUCGAGAGCAUAUUCAGCAAGAACGCCCGCUCGCGGCCGGACAAGCUCACCCUUCGCGAGAUCUGGACGAUGACCAAUGACAACCGGGCGCCGUACGAUCCAUUUGGAUGGAUUGCGAGCAAGGGCGAGUGGAUACUGCUGUACAUGCUCGCGAAAGACGACGAAGGGUACCUGCCGAGGGAGGCGAUUCGCGGCUGCUUCGAUGGUAGCUUGUUCGAGUUCAUCGCCGACCAAAGGAAGAAGAAGGCACACGGGAAGCAGCACUAGCGUGCAGUGCCGUCAUCCCGGAAUUUAUGCCUUCGUGUGUAUGAUUGUGAGGACUAGCUACCACCUCAUAUAUGCCUAUGUGGACUAAGGGAGCGAAUGGACUAAAAGCUCAGGGAAUUAAAGAUUUAAAGUUGUAUGCUCUUCACAAAACUUCA